AUGGUCAUUCCGAUUGAGACUAGUGUCAAACUCCACCGGCAGGUGGAGCUUCACGGGAGGAGAUACCGCCUCUGUAUCGUUAACCCCAUAACCAAACAAGUGGCUCAACUCCCUCCAUGUCCCGAAAUUUUGUACGAAGAGCUCACAUGUUACUCUACGAGCUAUACAUAUAGGUGUGGAUUUGUACUAUCAUCCUCAUCAUCAUACAAGGUCGUUGUAAUUACUUCAGCUCUUCAUCCACAACCGGGGGACAAGUUUCGUGCAUCCAUCUACUCUUCUGAGACAGGAGAAUGGAGUGUCUGUUUCAGAUUCUACUUUUCGGUCAAGUUAGAUGAUUGGUAUCAUACACCAAUUGGAUGCAAUGGAGUUGUGUACUGGUCGUUCGGGAUAUUAUCUUAUGCGAGGAUAGUCGGAUUCGAUCCUACUACUAUUGAAUGCUGUUCGAUUACCCUGCCGGUGGAGUUUGACACUAGUCUCAAUCGGAAUGACCAUUUUAGUAUGCAUCUUGGAGUGGUUCGGGGUCAACAACUGCGUCUGCUGCAGUUGUUUUUGGACAAGGGGGUUGGUCACUAUGUUCUCAGAGCAUGGGAUUUAGCACAGCCUUCCUCUUCAUCACCACGACCACGAUGGGUUUUGGCUCAGUUCGACAUACUGAGAUGGGAACUACAUGGAACAAGGUCCUUGUUUCCCAUGUCCUUGUUUCCCCUUACGCACCAUCCUGGAGAGGCCGACGUAGUUUACCUGAGAUGA